AUGUCGAGUGGAAAAAGCCCCAUGGAGGAGGCCCUGCGGCGUUUCCAGCAGGUUGCGCAGUCUGGGCGUAGUGGGUUCGGCAGCGGCGGCAGACAGCCACCGAGAGGAUUCGGAGUAGGCAUUCUUGGGUUUGCCGCUGCCGGUGCUGGUCUAUUUCUCUUCCAGAACGCUCUGUUCAACGUGGAUGGUGGUCAUAGGGCGAUUAAGUAUCAAAGGCUAAGUGGUGUCAGUCCAGAAAUCUAUGCCGAAGGAACUCACUUUAUGAUUCCUUGGUUCGAAACCCCCGUCAUCUACAAUGUCCGAGCGAAGCCGCGAAACGUUGCCUCCCUCACCGGAACAAAGGAUCUUCAGAUGGUCAACAUCACCUGCCGUGUUCUCUCCAGGCCCAAGGUUGAGGCCCUUCCCCAGAUCUAUAGAACCCUUGGCCAGGAUUACGAUGAGAGGGUGCUCCCUUCUAUCGUCAAUGAGGUGCUGAAAAGCGUCGUCGCCCAGUUCAACGCUAGCCAGUUGAUCACCCAGCGUGAAAACGUUGCCCGACUCGUUCGAGAGAACCUCGCCCGGCGCGCGGAGCGAUUCAACAUUGUCCUGGAUGACGUUUCUCUUACCCAUCUUGCCUUCUCACCCGAAUUCACCGCCGCGGUUGAAGCCAAGCAAGUCGCGCAACAAGAAGCCCAACGGGCUGCCUUCAUUGUUGACAAGGCCCGCCAGGAGAAGCAGGCUAUGGUCGUCAAGGCUCAGGGUGAAGCCCGAUCUGCAGAGCUCAUUGGUGAGGCUAUCAAGAAGAACAGGGCCUAUGUUGAGCUGAAGAAGAUUGAGAAUGCCCGUGUCAUCGCCGCAACCAUUCAAGAAGCAGGUGGAAAGAACAGGCUGCUUCUCGACUCCGAGGGACUCGGCUUGAACGUGUUUGCUGAUGGCGAGAAGAAAUGA